AUGGCUAUGUAUCGAUCAGAGCCUGCUUGGCAGAGAGAAAAUAAUUCAAUCUCAAAAAAUAUCGUCACAGGCGACCCCUUGGCUGCUAUUUACAAUGAAGGUAUAUGGCGACUGAGCAAAGUAUCACCGUUAUACAACUUGCAGUACAAUACAGUGAAACUCAAACAAUAUGCGUCCAAAAUCAGACAAGCUCUUGUGAGUGCAAUGCCAGCUAAUUCGUCAACCAAGUAUGUCGUUCAAAUUGAAGAACAAGUUAAUUUAAAGUAUUCAGAAGAAGAUCCUAGUGCACUGAUUAUCAAUGUGUUGUCAUCAUCACAAGACAAGAAUAAUAAAAGUAAGGUGUCCUAUGCAGCCAUUCUCCUGUCUUGGGGUAUAAACAUAUCAGUGGGCACCGCCACUCACUUACCUUACAUGUUGGAGCGAGGUGAACAAAGAAUUAGCACCGCUGUGAAGUCUACAUUACAGACUAUUUUUGACUGCCAGAUAAAACAAUUUAGUUUUACACAGCAACAACUAUUGUAUUUAGGGUUCAACUUUGUUGAAAGUGACUCAUCUCGUAGCACAGACCCGUUUACAUUGACAUACAAGACACCACAAGUUGACCACAAAGACAAAUUGAAUCUAUCAUUUGAAGUUGGAGACAUCCAGAUCAUAUGCAAUGGGGUCAAAGAUGAAGUUACACAGAAAUCCGAUCUAGUGACAUCAGUAUACCAAAUUCUGCAGAACCAAAUAUUUGAAUCAAGCCUCAUAGAUAUUACUACUUUUGAUCUGUGUGAGGUGUCAAUGCCCAGAGCAGAAGUAAAGAACAGUGGCGCAGUGAAAAUGAAAACGCCAGAGAUCGUCAACUGUGUGUUUACUGUCCUCAAUGACAUCAGCCAUGAUAUGUACUCAGAGAGAGAUUCCGGCAAUGCAUCUGCAUCCGAUUCAUAG